CAGCCCCGCUGCAGCCGGAGGCGGGGGAGCGGAGCGUGGUGGGGAGGGGAGCGGGGCUGGCGACUCUGGAGAGAGCGGUGCCUUGGCCUAGCCCACCCACCAGCCUUGGAUCCCACUGGACACCGGAGGCACGUCCACCGCCCUCUAGAGUCACCCACGCCGACCCCUCCCCUCUUCCCUAGACGUCUUUCCCUCUUCUGGGCUGCACCUUCCCCAUCCUUUCCUGGGCUCCCGACCUCCGUCCUCUCCCCGCUCCCUCUCCUCGCUCCCGGACCUGCCCUUCUCGGCGCCCCUCUUCCCUAGGGAGAUGCGAUGAGCCUGUGUCCCAGCGCCCUCAUCGCCAUCCUGGGCACGGUGCCCAUCCAGUGCCCGUGCUGGGGAGGGAGCACUCCGCGGCCCCUCUGUGACUUCCCUGCCUUGACCGCCCCUCCAGCUGGAGUCCCGGAGCCAUGCCCCAGGGGACCCAGCCAGGGGGUGGGCUCUAGAGCGGGUGGGGUGGAGAGGAGGAAGGACGGGGCCCUGGGCUCCUCUGAGAUGCUCCCAAGCGCCAGGGGGGGCCGAGCGAGGCGCAGGCAACCGGGCGGCAGGCAUGAUGCCCUCGCCUAGUGACUCCAGCCGCUCGCUUACCAGUCGGCCUAGCACCCGGGGCCUUACCCACCUCCGCCUCCACCGGCCGUGGCUGCAGGCCCUGCUCACGCUGGGGCUGGCCCAGGUGCUUCUGGGCAUCCUGGUGGUCACCUUCAGCAUGGUGGCCUCCUCUGUCACCACCACCGAGAGCAUCAAGAGGUCCUGCCCGUCUUGGGCUGGAUUCUCGCUGGCGUUCUCCGGGGUAGUUGGCAUUGUGUCCUGGAAGCGGCCAUUCACUUUAGUGAUCUCCUUCUUCUCCUUGCUGUCGGUGCUGUGUGUCAUGCUCAGCAUGGCGGGCUCUGUGCUCUCCUGCAAGAAUGCUCAGCUGGCCCGAGACUUCCGCCACUGCUCCACGGUGAGAUGUCCUUCCUCCCCCACCAUGCCUCCCCUCCUGGGGUCCUCACAGGCCCAGGCUAUGUGGGAUUACCCAUUCCACUCACACAUCCCUCUUUCUCUCUCUUUCUUUUCCCAGAACCUGCUCUUCAGCGUCUGCGGACUUACCGUUUGUGCCACCAUAAUCUGUACUGUCUCAGCUAUUGUCUGCUGCAUCCAAAUAUUUUCCCUUGACCUCAUGCACACGCAGCUGACUCCUGAGCGCUCCGUCUCAGGUCCCCUGGGGCCUCUGGGCUGUACCUCCUCGCCCCCGGCCCCGCUCCUGCACACCAUGUUGGACUUGGAGGAAUUUGUACCGCCUGUGCCCCCACCUCCCUACUACCCCCCAGAGUACACCUGCAGCUCAGAAACAGAUGCACAGAGCAUCACCUAUAAUGGCUCCAUGGACAGCCCAGUGCCCUUGUACCCUACUGAUUGCCCCCCUUCUUAUGAGGCCGUCAUGGGGCUACGGGGAGACAGCCAGGCCACUCUGUUUGAUCCUCAGCUUCACGAUGGCUCCUGCAUCUGCGAGCGGGUGGCCUCCAUUGUAGAUGGUGAGCAGAAAGCGGGGAGGAUGGACCAGGGCCGGCGGCCUGGGAGAGCAGAGCCGCGGGGGAGCCAAACGGGGGGAGACAAGGCCGAGGUGGUGGUGUGUGGACAAGCGAGGGCGGGGGCUUUUUGGAUCCUGGCACCUGUGGGCAGAGAUGAUGCCCCCUGGUUGGGGAUGGGGUGGGGAGCUGUGAAAGCUCCGCUGGGCUUGCAUCUCACAGGAGGGUGGUGGGCUGGGCAGGUGUGUCCAUUGAGCAAGGCCCUGUCUGGCUCUCCCUCCACAGCUGACUUCAGGGACCUUUAUACCAAAGUGUUUGAGGAAGAAGCUGCUUCAGUUUCCUCUGCAGAUACAGGGCUCUGCUCUGAAGCCUGCCUCUUCCAUCUAGCCCGCUGCCCUUCCCCCAAGUUGCUACGUGCUCAUUCAGCCGGGAAACAGCGCCCUGUUCCCACCUACCAGAAGGUCCCCUUGCCCUCGGGCCCUACACCUGCCCACUCCCUGGGGGACCUGAAGGGCAGCUGGCCGGGCCGGGCCUUGGUCACCCGUUUCCUCCAGAUGUCCAGGAAGACCCCGGACCCCGGUGGGAAUGGAGCCCACGGGCAUAAGCAGGUGCCCCGGGGCCGGUGGGGACGGCCAGGCAGAGAGAGUCUCCAUCUUAGAAGCUGCGGGGACCUGAGCUCCGGCUCCUCCCUGCGGCGCCUCCUGUCUGGCCGCAGGCUUGAGCGGGGUACUCGCCCCCACAGCCUCAGCCUCAAUGGGGGCACCCGGGAGACAGGGCUCUGAUGUGGGCUUCCUGCUGCAGUGAAGAGAUCCAGGUGAAUGCUGGGGCUACAGGCCCCAACUGGUUGGGACCAGCAGCCUCCGGCAUUCCCUCACACUGGCUGACACAGAAAGAAACUCGCUGUAUACCCACUGUUACUCCUUUCUCUCCUACCUCUGGGGCCCCUGCUGCUUGCCUCUGCUCCUCUGGCCUGGGAGAGCUUCUGUUCUGUGCUGCAUGGGUAUUCAGGCUGGGGGGGAGAUACCCUGCUUACAGCACUGGAGGGAGAAAAUAACCAAGUCCUGCCCCACCCCCCAACCCCCAGCAUGAGAGUAAGUCUCUCUGAUUUGUCAGGGGCACUAUGGCCAGGGCAAGGCCUGCCCAGGGUGUUGAAGCAUAAGGGGCUGUGUGCCUAUACAACCGGGUGGUGAAGCAUGAAGAGUCAUAAAAACCUGGGUGGCCUCCCAGCUCUGCCACCUCUAGCUGCAUGACCUUGGGCAAGUUAUUUAACCUCAGUUUCCUGCCCUGUAAAACACUGCGAGGGCAAAUGUUUGUAAAACCCUUAACACACUGUAAGCCUUCAAUAAAUUUCAAUUUCCCCCUUC